GAUGGCUGAUUGCCAGGAGGUUUCUAAUUUGCUGGAAGAUUGUAAGACUCACACUCCUCAUCUGAAGAUUCAAGAAAAGGUAAAAGUGAAGUUAAAAACUAACCCUUUUAACUUGGAUAUAAUGAAGUCAGAGGAUUGGAUGAAGGAUUAAUGGGGCUAAAAGUGGUAAAUCCAGAAGUUCAGUACUUUUUAAAGUUCAAAGGCUUCGCAGGGGAAGAAGGAAUCGCUUGUCUCUCCCGAAUCAGUGGAGACCAAACCCUUCAAGUAAGAAGAGAAGAAACUGGAAUCCCUUAUGCAAAUGGAUAACCAGUUCCCUCCCAGGAAAGUUCCAAAUUUUUGUUCCUUCCGCUACGGAUUAUCUCUCCUCUUGCAUUUCUGCAAUGUCAUAAUAACUGCACAGCGCACGUGUCUGAGCCUCACAAUGGUAGCCAUGGUGAACAGCACAGAUGCUCAUGGUUUGGCCAACACCACCACAGGGGAACACCUGGAUCACAGUAAGAACCCCGUGUAUAACUGGAACCCCCAAAUCCAGGGCUUCAUCUUCAGUUCCAUCUUCUAUGGUGCACUCAUCACCCAAAUUCCUGCUGGAUACUUGUCUGAAAAAUACUCCAUCAAGAAAAUGAUUGGCUUUGCAUUCCUCCUCAGCUCUCUGCUUAGCCUGUUAAUGCCGAUGGCAGCUGAAGGUGGAGAAGCUUUCCUCCUGGCAUGCCGGGUAGCCCAGGGAGCAGCCCAGGGGUUGAUAUCCAUAGCUCAGCAUGUCCUGUGGGUCAAGUGGGCUCCUCCCUUGGAACGAGGCCGACUUACCUCCCUGAGUCUAUCAGGAAUUCUGCUGGGGUCCUUCAUUGUUCUGCUUGUGACUGGAUUCAUCUGCCAAUCCCUGGGCUGGCCCAUGGCCUUCUACAUUUUUGGUGCUUGUGGCUGUGCCCUAAGUCUUCUCUGGUUUGUUCUGUUCUAUGACGACCCAAAGGACCACCCAUGUAUAAGCAUCAGUGAGAAGGAAUACAUCUUGUCCUCCCUCAGCCAGCAGGUCAGCUCAAGGACACAGUCUCUGCCGAUCAAAGCUAUGAUUAAGUCUCUCCCAGUCUGGGCCAUUGCUUUAGGUUCCUUUGCUUUUCACUGGACAAAUAACAUCAUGGUUUUUUACACUCCAACAUUUAUCAACUCCAAGCUUCGUGUGAAUAUAAAAGAAAACGGGCUGCUGUCAGCCCUCCCCUCUUUGUUUGCCUGGAGCUUUGGUAUCCUAGCAGGUCACCUGACAGACUUCUUCCUGUCCAGGAAUAUUCUCCGCUUAGUUACCAUCCGGAAACUCUUCAACACACUAGGACUUCUCCUGCCUCCCUUCUUCAGCAUGUGCCUGCUCUACUGGAGUUUCAGCUUCUCUAGCAUUACCAUCUUCCUGAUACUUGCCAGUUCAACAGGAGCCUUCUGCAUGGCCGGAGUACUCAUAAAUGGCUUGGAUAUUGCUCCCAGUUAUUAUGGAUUUCUUAAAGGAAUUACAACUUUAAUUGGGAUGAUAGGAGGACUAACUUCUUCUACUCUGUGCGGCGUGAUCCUUAAUCAGGAUCCAGAAUCUGCCUGGUUUAAAAUUUUCUUCCUGAUGGCAGUCAUUAACGUGAUAUGCCUACUUUUUUGUCUCGUAUUUGGAAAAGCAGAAAUUCAGGACUGGGCUAAAGAUAGACAAGAACACACGCGCCUCUGAAGCUUCGUGUAAAGCAGAACCCUGGGAGAGCCUGGAACUGACCUCCUCACUGAAGGGAAGAGGGACCAGCCCCGGAGCUGGGACUGAGGGGCAGUAAGCGGCCCAAGGAAGAAGAUGGCGUGCACCUUCCUAGGAUGUCCCCCCCCACACCCCGUGUGCAUCUCUUUUGUACCAUAUAUUGUUUAUACCAGCUAGCAGGUCUGAAUUUUAAAUGUGGAUUUUUUUCGUCUUCCACUCCACAUUCUUUGCUUUGUAAAUGAUUGCUGAGUCAACCAAUAAACAAGUGCAAGAAAAACGA